AUGGCUGUUGGACCGACUCUCGGCACCGGACUGUUCAUCGGCGCCGGCCAAGCUUUGGCCGUGGGCGGACCGGCUUCUUUGCUCAUUUCCUAUGUAUUAUUAUCGCUACUCACCUACUCAAUGGCCACGAGCGCGGCAGAGGUGGCCUCUUACAUGCCCUCACGACAUGGAACAAUGGUCACCAAUGGUUACUUGUACAUGUCAAGCAGCCUCGGAUUCGCCGCCGCAUACCUCCGCUGGUACUCCAUGGCUAUGUUGGUACCCUACGAGAUCUCGAGCGCCAUGGUCAAUCUCGGCCUGUGGAAUCCGGGUUCCACUGUCGCCAUUCGAAUGUGCAUCAUCACGACCAUCAUCGUUGGGUUCAACUUCCUACCUGAGAGACUCUUUCGGGGUUCCGAGCAUAUCUUCACGCGGAUCAAGAUUGGGACAAUGAUCAGCUUGCUGGUACUCUCUUUGUCCAUUGGACUGGGUGGCGCCACUGGACACGAUCGCUGGGGAUUCAAAUACUGGAGAAACCCGGGUGCCAUGCGCGAGUACUUGACGACUGGUGGAAUAGGACGGUUCUGGGGACUGUUUCAAUGUCUUCUUGACAGUUCUAUUGCUUUCACUUUCGCCCCCGAGUUGAUUGUCCACCGAGCGGAGACGCCAGAGUUGACCAGGCACACGGAAGCCACCGAAGGCGUGGAACCCAACACCCGCUUUACCAUCCCCAGCCGCGUGGUUACCGAUGUUGUUCAAACCGCGUUUCCAUAUAUCCUCAGUUCGUUGGCCAUGGGAGUGAUGGCUCCAUGCAACGACCCAAUGCUCACCAACAAUGGAACCGGUGCCGGGCUCUCUCCGUUCCUGAUUGGGCUCAACGCGGCCCAAAUUCGCAUUGUUCCCGUCAUGGCUAUGAUCGCAAUUCUCCUUUCAUCUGUGGCUUCGGGGCGAUCCUUUCUUUACCUCUCCUCGCGUAUGCUAUUUGCCAUGUCCGAACUUGGACAUGCCCCCGCAUGGCUCAAGAGACGCAAUCGCUGGGAUGUUCCAUACGCCGCUGUCGCUAUGUCUGCCUCGUUCUGCAGUCUUGCGUUUCUGUCUGCGGGGAUUUCCAGCUCGGUCGUGAGCAACUAUUUCCUUCGUUUCGUCGCAGGAUCUGGAUAUCUCUCCUGGUUGGUUUCAUGCACUGUCUACCGCCACUUCCGUCAACGCAUGAAGGCGAACAGAAUUACCGAUCGAUAUCGCUUUUCUGUCCAGCCAUUUGCCACGUAUCUUGGAAUGGGCAGCAGCGCCGUUCUGCUUGCAGCAAAUGGGUUAAGCGCGGCAGCUCCAGGCAUUCUAAUCGGCCCUCGAGUUGUCAGAAUGUUCACCGCGUAUUUCGGCAUCGCAGUGUUUGGCUGUCUGUAUGGGGUUCAUCGGUUCCAAUUCCUUGUUCCCCGUCGCUGGCGACGAUCGAACGAACCCAAUGGAGGAGAAGAGAGAGGUCAUGGAAGCGCUCCAGAACGCCGUACUCAGGUGCAUGCUCGAGCAAAAUCCAGCCCGGAUCCUGAAAUUUCCCAGGCAUUCGAGCUCCAGCCCACUCAGGCAAUGGCUACAGAAGCUUGA